AUGCGUCAACCACUGCGUUCGCAAUCGUUCAAGCAUCGUCCGCGACCUGUUGUCGAGAUCAGGCGAUGUCCAAAUGACGAAGGACCACGUGAGCGAAGAAAGUCUACACCGAACGUCUCACGACGAAGCAGUAUCACAACGCGCGAAGUGAAUAAAGAAGGGAUGUUCGUCCAUUUCAGAUGUCGUACGGACACACCGCGAACCGAUGUAUGGCCAGAGGCAAAGAAAACGAGUUGCAUUGAAGAGCGAUUCUUGAGGCUGCCAGAUUCUGAGGACUACACCCGAGUGAGACAGUUCAAGAUUGAUGAGAAAGGCGCAGUGGUUAGCCGCGGAGACUCAUUCAGGCGUAAACGUAUGCAGCAAGAUGCAGGUCAAUAG